GCUAUUAUAAAUGUAACGGUAGUAUUGAACUCUCGUUUGAUCGUACGAUCUAGGCGAGUAAUUGCUUCACGUAGAGUCUCCUUAUCGCGUUUUGGAACAGAGCAUACGAAGUUGAACUUUGUGUAUAGAUCAAAGGCAUGGAACAUAUAUCGAUGCCCAUUGUAG